CUGGAGGAAGGCCGCCACCAUUGUGUUCCAAGUUGGCUCAAGCCGCGUCCAGCGUGAACUUUCACACUUCCUGUUUCUUCUGCAGACCCUGCUAGUUUCCGACGUCGGCGAUGUGGACGAUCCUUGCGCUGUUCGCCCUCUCGCCUGUGGCAUCUUCCCUGUCCCUCCACAAGGUGGAAGCCGAGGAGGGAGCCGGGGACAUGCUCUUCGCCCUGUCGUCCGUCUCCGAGACCCAGCAGGGCGGGGAGCGGUCCGAGGAGGAGUACACGGCCAUCAGCAGCCUCCUGUCCGAGGCGGAGGCGCUCCUGCAGGUGGAGGCGGCGACCGACAGGGAGGCGGCCGAGGAGGAGAUCGCCCUCUUGCAGGAGGUCGACGCCGACGAGAAGGUGGCCGAGGAGGAGCUGGACGCCGACAGCGACCCCGAGGCGCCCGCCGCGGAGGCCAGCCCGGAGGCGCCCGCCGCCGCCGCGGAGGCGCCCCGCGAGGCAGCCGCCGUGGACGGCUCCGAAGGUACCGCCGCCAACACCUCGGGCAACGCCUCAGAGGUGCAGGUCGACGAGAAUCAGACCCGGGCCAACCUGUCCACGUACUUCGACCCGAAGUUGAUGGCCAUCUUCCGCGAGAAGCAGGCGCACCUGAAGGAGACGAUGAAGGA